CUGAGUGGUAGGAUAGACCCUCCUGCAGCCCGUGCUUGGCUGGCUAUCCUGUACCCAAUGCGGCUUUGCCUCUGUGCCUCCCGCCUGCCCAGCUCCGAGCAUACCCGCUGAGCCUCGCAGCCCCAUGCUUUGUCUCCUUACCUCUCUUUACACCCUGCCUCCUGUGCUCCUACUGAGCCUUGCAGUCCCUGCACAGUGCACACAUGCCCUCCCUGCCUGUGGCUUCUCCGUCACCGCCGCUGCGCAGCCUGUCCACGUUGCCUUGCCCUUUACAACACGUACCUCCAGUCACUUCAGUGAGCCCCACCUGCUGGCUCUCAUUCCAGAGAGUCUUUGCACGCUCAACUCACCUUCAGUGUCCAGAGUCACAAGGGGCAGCAUCAGGGCUUCUGCCACAUAGAGUUCUUCCCAGUGGAGGCAACCAAGGUCCCCAGGGGAGCUCUACCCCCUGAGACAGCAGGUUGAUUUCUGCAUUUUGUUACAUGGCUGAAUUUUGAGGGACAGUAAAAAAAGGCCUUCAUGGGAAGAUGGCCCAGAGGCCAAAGGCAGUUGUCACCAAGCCUGACAGCCUGAGUGUGAUUUCCUGCAACUCACACAGGGUGGAAGGGGAAAGCCAGAACUGACUCCUGCGAGUUGCCUCUGAUCCCCAUGUAUGGGCCUUGACUCCUACACAGAUUUAUUUUCAGGGUUUAGGAAUCAAACUCAAGCGCUUCACCACUGAGCUGUGCCCAAGCUCCUGGUUUCUGUUUGUUUAUUUGUUUGUUUGGUUGGUUAGUCUGUGAGACGGGAUUUUACUCUGUAGCCAAGGUUGUCUUUGAACUUAACUCCACCUCCCAAGCUCCAGACUUAUAAGAAGUCCUACCCUGACCUUUGUGUUGACUUGUUUAUAGUGAAUUACAUACACAAGCAUGCACACACAGACACACACACAGACACACACACACACACACACACACACUCACACGCACGCAUGCACCCCCAUAUGUGUAUAUGUAUGUAUAUGCACAGAUAUAUGUGCAUAUAUAUACACAUAUGUAAUGUGUAUUAUAUACAUCUGUGUAUAUAAUAUGUAUAGGUUGUUCUAUCAUAUUUAUUUUUAUCUUCUUUAGGUAAAGAUUAACUUUAUUAAUAGUUGUUUCAAUUUUAUAUCAAUGUUUUUUCCAAGCGUGUGGGCAUAUGAUUAAGCCAGUGUACACAGAGUUGUAUAUUAAGGUAUUUAUUAGCAACAGACAGCAUAAAUGCCCACGAGUUCUACUCAGCAACUAUUUGCUCUGUUGGCCACUUCCUAGAGGGUCCUAACCCUGAUGGCCAGAGCACAGCGGAGAAAGGAGCAUGAUGCUUGAACAGGAAGGCAGCCAUGUUGUGCUAAGCUCAGUCAGUGAGGAGAAUGUUAGAGGAUAGUCUGCGGCUGCCUGGACCUUUCUCAGAGCCCGACACACCCCCAUGUGAUUGGGGUAGCUCAUGGCCAGCAAGCCCAGUGAGAGCCAGGCAACACGGUACCUCACAGGCUAAGGGACUUAAACGUGCCUGAUGAAGGAAGCUCUUCAGAGGUGUCCACUCAGGCCAGCAGCCACUCACAGACUCUGUAAUCCUGAAUGUGACACCACACUUAACAAGCCUCACAGACACUGCAAGCCUUGUGUCUCCCCCUCCUCAACCGACUCUUCAAGAGCUUCUGAUGACACCCUGUCAUUCCACUUGCCGUAGCCCAAGGCUUGUUGCUAACUCACAGCCCCCAGCUCUGCACAGUCCUGGCAAGGAGUGCUUUCAUCCCAGCAUCUCAAGUUUAUCUUUUGGGUUCCCCCGGAGACAUAUCAACCAGAGAUGCUGUAUGUACAUGAGCACACAUACACAUGUAUGACACACUCAUAUAUACACUCAUACAUGGAAAUAUCUGUGCCCGUGUGUACAUAGUCGUAUACCAUAUUUGAAAUGCAUAUGCCCUGAAUAUGCACCAUAUACACACAUAUGCAUCUGCAUAGUAUGUGUAUUUGUGUAUGCAUCUAUUGCUGCUUACACAUGGCAAAUGGAUUGCCUGCGGAUAGCUACACAAAGAUGUAUUUCAAGGACUUACAGAGUUAAACAGACCAGUUAAGUGAUUGCAAUGUCCAUGGGAGAGAUUGUCAAGCAGAGGGGAUCCAGAGCCAGGUGGAACCUCAGUGGUGUUGCUAAAGAAAGCUGCUGCAUGGUAGGGGUCAGCUUCCCUUCCCCGCCCCCUUUUCCCUUUCCUUAGAAAGUCUAAACUUACAUCUAAGAAUGCUCACCUGAGUCAGGCCCAUGUGAGAUCAUCCUCAUGAUGGAAGUCACCUACUAAGGACUGUAAGCCCAUCAGUGAGCCCCUUCUCAGCAGCAGGACUGCCUCAGGCUGGGUCUUCUGCGUGACUCAGUACUGACCACUCAGGAGAGCCAGUUGUCAUAGCGAAAGCCAACGCUGCAGCUGGAAGAGAUAGCGCAGUAGGCAAAGUGCUCGUCACCCAAGCACGAGCCCCUCAGUUCAGAUGCCCAGCACCCAAGUAAGAAGCCAGGCACAGUGGCACACGGUGCCAUCACAGUGCUGAGGAGCUGAGGCAGGAGGGCCCCUCAGCCAGCCAGUCUCGUCAAAGAGGCAAGCUCCAGGUUCAGUGAGAGACCUUGCCUCAAACAAUAAGGUGGUGAAGGCAUUGAAAAAGAUAUCGGAUGUCAGCCUCUGGCCCCCGAAUGUCCACAUAAGCAAUCGCACGUACAUGCACAUACAUGUGCAGGCACAUAGAAAUCCACCUACGCCAUGUGCACAUUUUUAGAGAAGCCGACACCAACAAAGCCCAGUCAACAAGCACUUGAAAUAACUCUAGUGUCUAGAGAGUUAAUGAAAACUGUGCUUUGAUCUUAGGAUUAUCAAUUUAAAAUGAAACCAGGGCGGGGACUUAGCUUAGUGACAGAGUAUUUGUCUAACAACCAUGAGGCUCUAGAUUUGGUCCUUAGCACCAGGAGGAGAAAAAUACUUGGAAAGUCAAAUACAGAUUUUUGAAAUAAUGUAUUUCUUUUUAUCUUAUGUGCAUUGGUGUUUUGCAUGCAUGUGUGCCUGUAUGAGGGUAUCCGAUCUUGGAGUUACAGACAGUUGUAAGCUGCUAUGUGGUGAGAUGGCUCAACAGUUAAGAGCCCCGAUUGCUCUUCCAGAGGUCCUGAGUUCAAUUCCCAGCAACCACAUGGUGGCUCACAGCCAUCUGUAAUGGGAUCUGAUGCCUUCUUCUGGUGUGUCUGAAGAGAGAAUGACAGUGUAAAUAAAUAAAUUAACUUUUUUAAAAAAAUAAAAAGAGGAGGAAGAGAAAGAGGAGGAAGAGGCCAGGUUUUAGGUCUUUGUUGUGAGAUCAAAGAAUAAUUAUACAGGGCAUGUGCUCAUCUUUAGGUGAACCUAACCGCAUCCCACCUUCUGACAGAGUCUGCCCACAUCACACUGCCUGUGCUCCUUCUGAGACUGGAGACUGUAGCCAGCUGAUUGCAGCCAGUGUCCUGGAGCCCUAUGGCUUCUGGCCUCUGGGGAGGGUUACCACCCACACUGCCACCACCGUUGCCUAGUUUGAAAAUACUGGCAGGAAGCUGGGAGUGAAAGUCAAGGUCCAGGAAGCAAAAGGCAAGAUUGUGGAAGCAGGACACAGGGCAGAGGCUACCUGCUCCACAGGACAGAGGGUGUGCUGCAGAGCUCUGGUGAUCACGGGCCUAGAGAGAGAGACAGGCAAGUCCCUGGUGCCUACUGACCAGCCAUUCAGCCAGUGGAGACCCCGUGUCAAACGCUAGGGUGGAUAGUUCCUGAAAGUUGACCUCUGUCCUUCACAGGCACAUGCACACACACAACUGCUCACACACACACGCACACACAAUAUCAUGCACGCACGCACACAAGCCUGUCUAAUGCAUCCCCACUUUUAACACACUGUGACAGAGUAGUUCGAACUUGAAAAUUAUCUACCCAAGGCUGGAUUCCUGGCGCCAUCUAGGGGCCACUAGAAGUUGUGCAUAAGUGGAAAGGGUAAGGGUGAAGCUGUCAGCGCUUCCUUUACAGCUCUGUUCUCAGUGCAGAACAGAGAUGCCAGGGAGGGCCAGACCACCAAGUACAAAGUGGAGAGAUGGAUAACGCAUGCUAGCGCUGUCUACCAGCAAUGCUUCUCACGACAGCUCACAUUUCCCUCCCUUCAUCUUUCAACUGAAGCUUUGCUUCCAGAGCUUUCAGUGGUGACAGUGGAGCUGGUAGUGGAGGGGAGGAGGGUUGUAUCUUCAUCUGCACCACAAAGCAGCCAAUGACUGCUCUGGCCCUGCCCAUUCCUUCUGCAGGACACUCAAGCCAGGUGCCAUGAUUGUCCCAGUUCCCUAGGCUGCCACCUAGGUGCAGGAGGCAGGAGGUGGUGGGUCCUAAGGGUGAGGCAUCCAGAUGAGAAGGGUUAUGAAUCUCUUGGGUCUCAGGGGCUCUGUCUGGAUCUUGAAUGCUUGGACUCAUAGGGUGCUUUCUGUUGGGCAGCAUGGAAAUGAAGCACUGAGCUACAUCCACUUAAAGAAGAAUCCCAGUUUCCAAGGGAGGUGCCUGUUUUGUCCUUUUGUCUGUCAUCGAGACAUAGGGGUAGCUCCUGUCUAUCUGGGUGUGAACUCCUUCCAGGAGCUGGGAUGCUCAGGGGUCCCUCCCCCCACUGAUCCCUACGUCCUUUUGAUAUACUGCCAUUUUUUAAAACUGAUUUCCUAAGACCCUCAGCUCUGCUUUAAAAAUAUUCCAAGAGAUUUUGUUAGGAAAUUGUGAGUGCUGGUUUAUUAUAACAAGUCUUUUGAAGCCCCCUUGCUCCGGAGAUAAUUCCAGAGAGACUGCAUGAAGCCCCCAGUUGAGACACUGAGCGGCAGAGGGUAGACGCUCUUCUAUCCACGGGAAGGAUUACGCCUGUCCUCCCUACCCUGGGGUGUCCUUUAACUUCAUGAUGGUCAGAUUGUCUUGGGGAUCUCAGACAUUUCUUGUGUACAGAGGAAAAAAAUCAAAAGACUUAACAUGGUAGUCACGCUAACCGGAAAAGACAUCUGGAGACUGCAGCUGGAUGAUGGUAGCUAUUAUCAAGUAUAAACUAGGGUAGUUCUUCCUAGGCAGGGCUUCUAAGCAACAGCCAACUCUGCUGAAGUGAUGUGUAAAUGUUUAAGAGGGUCGCUCGCAAGAGAUUGCCUAUGCUUAGUUCCCUUCCUGAGAGCAAAGACUGAAGAGAGAAUUCAUCUCAAACCAUGUGAGUUUACAUUCCACAUCUCCAUCUUCUGAAAGGUCUCUCUGUUCAACCAUCCACCAUCUAUCCACCCACGCAUCCUUCUGUCCAUCUACCAACUCACUGAUUCAACCGUCCAUCCAUUUACCUAUCUAUCCACUCAGCCAUCCAUUUAUCCAUCCAUCCACAUAUCUGUCCACAUACCCAUACAUCCAUCUAUGGAUCUGUCCGUACAUACACACACCCAUUCACCCACCUAUGUGUCCAUCAUCCAUCCUUUCACACGUCUGUGUUGUGUGUUUCUCCUUAGCAUCCGUUACCAGCGUGGCCCAGCUACUGAGCUUUGAUUUAAUGCCUAAGUCUGCAUAACUUCUGCUCUGUUGCCAUGGUUAGUUCUAUCACACAGUCCUUCGGGAGUGUUGAGAGAGGCCAGGAGAAUAUGGAUCCUGUGACAUCUGAGACUGGAUGUCCUUUGGCUUUGCUGAAAGAGGUCUUUCCCACAGGUGCUGGCAGACUCUAACUCAUGGUUAACACCACGAAGCCAGCAAGUCGUAGUGACCGAGUGUGACCCAGCUGCUAAACAUUGAUGGGUGGGGUUGUCACGUCAGUGAGGCGGGUGGGAUUUUUGAUAUGUGCUUCAAGAUGGUGGCUGUGUAAUGUUAGCUGAAUGUCUCUGUUUCUCUACACUUCCCCUCAAAUCUGGCAUUAUCUCACUACUUCAUGGCAAUGUGUGGAUGCUGAUAAGCCUGCCCCACCCCAAGGGAGCCGUCCAGAGAGCACUGUGUCCUUCAACCCCUAUGAGCCAACGGGAGGGCCCUGGGGCCCAGACAGAGGCCUUCAGAGAGAAGCCCUGCCCAUGGACACAGAGGUGUACGAGAGCCCUUAUGCUGACCCUGAAGAGAUCCGGCCCAAAGAGGUCUACCUGGACAGGAGCCUGCUGACCCUGGAGGACAAUGAACUGGGCUCCGGUAACUUCGGGACUGUGAAAAAGGGAUACUACCAAAUGAAAAAAGUUGUGAAAACCGUGGCUGUGAAAAUCCUGAAGAACGAGGCCAACGACCCGGCUUUGAAGGACGAGCUGCUGGCAGAGGCGAACGUCAUGCAGCAGCUGGACAACCCCUACAUUGUGCGCAUGAUCGGAAUCUGCGAGGCGGAGUCCUGGAUGCUGGUGAUGGAGAUGGCGGAGCUGGGGCCGCUCAACAAGUACCUGCAGCAGAACAGGCACAUUAAGGAUAAGAACAUCAUAGAGCUGGUUCACCAGGUUUCCAUGGGGAUGAAGUAUUUGGAAGAGAGCAACUUUGUGCACAGAGAUCUGGCUGCGCGGAACGUGCUUCUGGUCACACAGCACUAUGCCAAGAUCAGCGAUUUCGGUCUUUCCAAAGCCCUGCGUGCUGAUGAAAACUACUACAAGGCCCAGACCCACGGGAAGUGGCCCGUGAAGUGGUACGCCCCCGAAUGCAUCAACUACUACAAGUUCUCCAGUAAGAGUGACGUCUGGAGCUUCGGAGUCCUGAUGUGGGAAGCGUUCUCCUAUGGGCAGAAGCCCUACAGAGGGAUGAAAGGGAGCGAAGUGACCGCCAUGCUGGAGAAAGGAGAGCGGAUGGGGUGCCCUGCAGGAUGCCCGAGAGAGAUGUACGACCUGAUGAACCUGUGCUGGACUUACGAUGUGGAGAACAGGCCAGGAUUCACAGCUGUGGAACUGAGGCUUCGCAAUUACUACUACGACGUGGUUAACUAACAGCUCCGGCGCCUGUCCGUGCACACCACGGAUUCCCAAGCGAUCACAGGAAAUUCAUUCAGAUGAACUGGCUCUCAGAGUUUCAUCUCCCUCUGCCCGGAGUGAGAGCUAAGCUAACAUAGGACUCACCCUCACAACAGGUCUGGUGCCCAGAGACAGACAAGCAGCAAGACCUUGGGGCCUGUGGAGUCGUCUCUCUGGUCUUUGUUUCCAUCUGUGUGGUCUUCGCUAUCGGUCACGUUUGGGAGCCAUUUCCAAAUUCUCUUGACAUCAUUCCGUUCCUCUGGGUCCAGGAUUUCAGUGUCCCCUGAAGAUCAGAAAAGAAAAGUGCUUUGCCACUCCAGCAAAGGACAUAAAGAGAAACCUCGCUGGUGCAGUCAGCAAGCUGGAAGGUGGUUAAGGACAAUGACAAGCCUGGACACUGGUUUUACUCUCAGCGCUGAGACAGAGAUACUGUGUGGAUGACAUGCUGAGAUGUGCUGGCUUGGCUGACACGCCCCUGGAGUCCACCUCCCUGCAGUCGUGUGUGUUUGCUGGAGGAGGUGUGAAUAACGUUCUGUGUGGAGGCUGCCGGGGGAGGUGAGCUCCCAUGAUCCUCUGCGACUGAGCAGAAGUGUGUCAGGCAAGGGUCAGACUCCCCUCUCUGCAGAGGGAAUGCAUCCAGGACUCCUUGUUGCUGCCACUAAAAAAUUGCCAACCAGCAACUUAAGGGAGGAAUGGCUCAUUUGAGCUCACAGUUGGAGGGGAUAGGCCAUCAUGGUGGAAAAGACAACAGGCAGGAAAGGCUUGGUGGCAUGAAAAGGAAGCUGGAAGGUCACAUGGCAUCCACAUUCAGGAAACAAAGAAUGAACAGGAAGUGGGGCCAGGCUAUAAGGCCCUAAAGGCCACCUCCGGUGACCCAGUUCCUUCAGAUCCAUCUAUCAAAGAUUCCACAGGCCUCUCAGACACUGAAUGCCAACAGCUGGGGACCAAAUGUUCAAGCACACAAGGUGCAGUGCCAGGCAGGGGCCUUCCUGAAUGAUUACACAGUGUGGUAUCCUGACAGAGCGGGUGAGCCAUCUCAGGUCUGUCCCCUUAUGAGCCCCGUUUACCAUCCCAGAUUCCCCCUUGGGACCCCCCUCAUCUGGAUCAUUCCCCUCCCCCCAGGCCCUAUCUCCAAACACCUAGGUACUAAGUGAACCUAGGUACUAAGUCUUCAACACAUGAAUUCUGAGGGGACACAUUCAUACUGGAGCCGAUGGCAGCCUGGUGACCAAGACCAUCUCAGGAUGAGUUUCUGAAUGGAAUCUUCAUUCGCCAUAAAACCAGAGAUGUGACCUUCCCCACAAGGAAGCCUUGCUAAGUGCGACAUUGAGCUGAGGACACACAAGCUGAGAAUUCCCCCUCUGUCCUCCUAGCCUUGGCUAACUACUGACCAUACACCGAAUGUCACCCAUUCACGGCACUUUUGCUGAGGACCUAAAAGCUACAAAGGCUGCAUAGCCUUCCAUCUAGGUCUAGGGACAUGUACAGAUGGGAGCAUCUCACCUUCACCUCUGAGACACUGGGACAUUCACAGCCAGGGAUGGUACAGGAGUCCCUGCUGGUGGUGGGCUCAAUGAACAGAGACGAUGGUGAAAUGGGUGCCUCUCUUUAGACCAGUGGUUCUCAACCUUCCUAAUGCUGAGAUCUUUCAAUACAGGUCCUUGCGUUGUGGCGACUCCCAACCAUGAA